AUGUCUUCGAUAAAGAACACACCCAAAAUCGAUAGUGAUUAUGAAAUGAUCGACAAAGACGAUGUUUGCAGUGCAAACAUCACUGGACACAAACCAUCACAACAAUGUUUAUUAAUAUUAUCACCAUUGUCUGACAUUAAAAAUCAAGGAGAGAAAGAAUCGGAAAAACCAGCAUUGACAACAACAAAAACAACAGAUUCGCAGUCUUAUGACGAAGCGCACGCAUUUAAAUCACAAUUUGAAGAGAUUAAUUUAAUACUUGCAAAAUGGUCGGAAUGCCCAACAAGCAACAGGACAAACUAUCAUUAUUCCAACAACAAUAUUGCUAGUAAUAAUAGCAACCAUCAUCAUCGAUUUCAAGGAGGUCGAGGAGCUGCUAACAGUCAGUUACCGUUACUGACGACAUCCACUUUGACACAAACAAUUCCGCAACGAAAAACAAAUCAUGAUGCACCGAUUUUCAAUCACCAUCGAACAGGAUCACAUCCAAUUUUCACGACGCCACGUCAACGUGUACUUAAACAUCACCGAAGCUCUUCAUCAAUUUCCCAAUUUCAUUAUCUUACUAAUAAUCAUAUCCAACCCCACCAUCAGUAUCAACAACAUUCUUCAUCGAGAUCGUCAUCAAACUAUGACAAGAUUCACGCGCAAGAGCCCAAUGAUUUCUUAUUGAAUCAUUACUUGAGUGGUUCAAAAAGUAUCGGAAAUGGAGAUGGCGCAUUAUGGGAGCCUUUAUCGACGGCUGCUCUGCGUCCGGGAGAUACAGUCGAUUCAUUCAUUCCAUUGCCAAUGAAUCCUCGUCAUCAUCAUUCAACAGUUCCAUACUCGCACGAGAUAUCUUACUCGCCUCCCUCCUUGUUGAACGAUGAAGAACUCUUGCAGAAACAAUUGCAACUUCAGGCGCAAAAAGAAUUUUUGGAUAAUGCAAUUGCUGCAAAUCGGAAAUUGAUGAAUGAAACUACGCAUGUUAUUGGAUCAAGUCACCUUUCGACGCAUUCAGACGUUGACAAUGGUGCAGAAGCCAUAAGAAAGGAUCAUCAAAAAUCUUCAGGACGUUCAUCUCCAAAUUCGUCGUUGUCAAGUUCAAAUCCAUCACCCUCCGGGUUUUCGUUAUUUGCUCAAUCGCCAACAGUUUCGUUAAACCCGAAUAAUGGUUCACAUCGAAGACACAACAGUAUUAAUAGUAAUCAGAGCGAUAACUUUUCACCGAUUGGAGCUUUCCCAUUGACUCCUGUAAGCACGCCUCCAAAAGACGACGAAGAUGGAUACUUCUCAUCACUUUAUUUCUCGAAUAGAAAUCGUGGUCAAAUUAUUUCUUCUCCUGUUCAAGAAAUUGAAGAGGAAGAAUGUUUAUGGGAUCAGAGAAAAAUUAAAAAUGACGACGAUGCCUUUUCAUUCGAGCUUUUUGACCAACAAAAAUCAUAUUCUUCAGCUCCGGGUGAUAUCGAAUUGGAUCAUUAUCAUGUGCGCUCGGCCGCCUUGAACAGAUCACGAACCGAGAGGGAACCCUUAUCAAAUUCGGAUAGAUUUUCACAUAAUAGAUCUUCUCGACUUUCUUCUUAUCCUUCCAAUAGUACUCCUCCUUCCAAUAACAAUCCUCCCUCUACAUUGGACGGCUCAUCAACUUCGUCCUCUAUAAUGGGAAGGCGUAAUUCCGAAGCCUUCCUUCGAUUGGCCUUGGGAAGAGAUUUUGGAAAUAGCUUGCCUACACAUCGAGAAAUCCAGGAUGAUGGAUUCGGUAAUGGAACUAGUGAAAGUCAAAAACAGCAUACGCAUCAGCAGCAAGAGCUAAAUCGAGACAACAUUAAAAACAAAAAAAGCAAAUCAUUGUCCUCAUCAUCCUUUUAUUAUGAUAGUCCCUAUUAUCUGAGAGAAUCUAUGUCAACAUCUGUUGCCGAUCUCAUUGAUUCAAAUAUUACCAAUAACAGCAACGAUAUGACGAGAAGUUUAUACACUUCGGGAUCAAAAACAGCAAUGAUGAUGAGAAAUCCGCUACAACAGCAGGAAAAACAAGAACAACAAAAUUCAAUUGAAAACAUGUUGCCAAUGUUUUACUAUGAAAAAAAGUCAGGUGGUAAUGACGAAGUUGGCGUUGACAGUCAACAGUUGCUUGCAUCCGGCACUAAUAAUCUUGGAUUCGGUUUAGAAGUUGUUGUUUGA